CACAGUCCAGCAGUGGCACAAGUACAGAAAAGGGGGGUAAACAUUUAUUAUUCUACAAAAUUAAAAAAUUCUAUAUUUACAUUUCCAAUAAUAAACGAAACGUGAAUUAAAAUUAGAAUAACAACAAGUGCUCUACUCAUAUAGAAAAGGUGUAAACUAAGUUAAUUAAUUACAUUUUAAGUCCCUGAUCUUUAAAAUGUGUGAAGUGACUUUAAAAAACUUUAACGAAAUUCUUCCAGAAUUAGAAAAUCUAUUAAAAAGUGCAAAAUUAAUUGCAAUAGAUACAGAAUUCAGUUGCCUAACAGCUUCUAGUAAUUUAGAAAAUAGUCUGUUCGAUUCAGCACAAGACAGAUAUUCCAAAUUACGGACGACCGUUCAGCAAAUAAUUCCGUUUCAAUUCGGAUUGACGGCGUACACUUUCGAUCCCGAUUCCAACACGUACAAAGGCCACCCGUACACCUUCUACACAUUUCCCAGAACUUCCGUAAUUGCCAACAUAGCGUUCGUGUCGCAGGCCGCCUCCUUUCAAUUUCUCUCGUUGCAUAACUUCGAUUUUAACAAGUUGGUAUAUGAGGGUAUUCCGUACUUAAACCGUGUACAAGAGGAGGAAGUAGCGAGGGAGGCGGACAGUUUUUGCAUCGGCAGCAAUUCGGAGUCCAUGGUCUUGGAGGAUCUCCUAGAUGAGUGUUGUCAAAGUGUAGAAAAUUGGUUGAACAAUGAUAAAGAUACUGAAGAAUUGAUUUUGAAAUAUUUAGAAUCGUUUAAAUAUAAUUAUGACUUAAAAUACUUUUGUCAUCGGGAAUUGAGAAGUCGGUUUAGAGGCUUAUGGACCUUUGAGGACGAUGAGGGCUUUAAAGUGCAGCGAGUCUCGGAAGAAAAGUGUCUUGAGUUGAUUAAAAAUGACAAACUGCAUGGAGAACUAUUGUCUAAUCUAUUGGGGUUUACCAGAGUGUUUCGUUUGUUGGUAUUGUCAAAGAAACCAAUUAUCGGACAUAAUUUAUUUUUUGAUUUAAUGUUGCUUAUCCAUCAUUUUGAGACACCUUUACCGAAAUCUUACUUGUUGUUUAAACGAACGGUCCAUUCACUGUUCCCAAAAAUUUUCGAUACUAAGUACAUAACGUUUGAAGUGUACAGAAACAUACUGAACGAUAAACAAAAAUUAAAGACGGGUUUGGCAAGUGUCUAUUUGUAUUUCAAAGAUGGGCCCGGUCGCCACUUAGCGCCGCAAUCUCCCUUCAUCCAGCUACAAGGUUGCAAUAGCGGUACCUUUCAUAACGCCGGUUGGGACUCGUUUUGUACGGGUUACAUUUUUAUACGUUUGGCUCACGUGUGCGCCGCCCAAAAAUCUCAGGUGAGACGGAAAUUGUUCAUGUGCAACGAGUUACUGCAGGCCGUUAGUCAGUUUGAAAAUAGAGUUUAUAUCGCUCGAGGACAUUUGUCGUUUAUUCAACUUGACGGCGAGGACCCCGAGUCGAGAAGACCGCCGAGAUUGAUCGUGCAAGGACUUACACGGCGACCUGUCGAUAUUAACAAGGUUACAUCCCUGCUGAGCAGCUGUGGAUUUGUGGAGGUAAAGCCAUAUUCAUCAAAUGGUCAGCGUGCAAUAGUAGCCGUGGAUAAUUUUGGCAGCGCUCGCAGGAUUCUAAGAAAGUUUCAGUCUCACCCGGAUUUUGUAAUACAGCAAUACAGUUUUUUGAGGCAUUCGCCUGUGGCGAGCGCGUUCUUUUGGAGUGGGCUGAUCCUGUCUGGAUCGUUUUUGGGAUGGUAUGGGUAUUUAAAAACACGCUAGCUGGAGGGAUAAUUGUUUAUUUUAAGUAAUUGAGGAUGAAUAUAUUAUAAAGCUAUUAAUUUUGAA